UAAAAAAAUAAAUAAAUAAAAGCAGCCAAAAUCUCACAUCGUCUUCGCUUUCUUCUUCUUCUUCUCCUUCUACUCCUACUUGUGUUACUUCUUCCUUUUCUUCUCUCCAUCUCAAAACCCGAUAAUCCCAUAUCCCCAUAUCAACUACCACAGAAUCUUCUCUUCCUCUACGCUUCCGACAAUGCCUGCUCAGAAGCGUUGUUCCCCGGAAAAACCCCACGACCACGAAGAUGACGACGAUGCAGAGCCCGCGCUUCAUCCCAGGCCCAAGCAAUCUCGGUCCGGAGCCCACCCUAAGGACGACCCGGAACUUAUUUUACAGCGCCAUGAAGAGCAAGAAGAGUCACUUGAUGAGGAAACUGAAGAAGAAGAUGCAGAAGGAGAAGAACAAGUGAAACAACAAGCGUCGGACGACGACGACGAAGACGAUGAUGAGGAUGAAGAUGAAGAGGAUUCCGAGGGAACUCCAUCUUCGAGCUCUCAGCUGAAACCAGAAUUUGUCUCUGUAGAACUGCCAGAAAUACGUAAAGAUGUGCAAUGCCCGAUUUGUCUUGGUAUCAUUAAGAAAACACGUACUGUAAUGGAAUGCCUACACAGGUUUUGCAGGGAAUGCAUUGACAAAUCAAUGCGAAUGGGGAACAAUGAGUGCCCUGCUUGCCGGACACAUUGUGCCAGUCGACGUUCCCUGAGAGAUGACCCAAACUAUGAUGCCCUUAUUGCUAUUUUAUAUCCAGAUAUUGAGAAGUAUGAGGAGGAGGAAUUAGCAUUUCACGAAGACGAGAGGACUAGAAAUAAGCAGAUUCAAGCAUCAAUUGCCCAAAUAUUUCAAAGACAAUCUGAAGCUUUAAUUAAGAGACGCACACUUGGGAAAGACACACCGGAUACAUAUACAGCAAGGACACAGCGCAACCAUCGGAAUUCUUAUUCAAGGAGAAGAAAUAGCCGAGCUGUUGAGCUUCAAGAAUCUGAAGACAAUGAGGAAAGAAAUGAUAACAAUAUAGGGAAAGGUGAAUCUUCAAAUGAUGAGAAUCAUAUAGAAACCAGACAUAGACGACGCAAGAGACGAGCAGGUACUCGGUCUUCUCAGCCUUCGUCAUCAGUGGCCAAUUCAGAUGGAAACACUGAAAAUGACUUUGAGGUGAAUGGAGAGAGACGGGGAAUUUCUCCUGUUAUUGCAUGGAACUCUGAAAUGCUUGCUUGGGGCAGGGGUGGUGCCCGUAGUAACACCCGGCAUGGAAAUGCUGGUGGUUGCAACAAUAAAAGUUCUCGAAACACUCGUUUAACCAAAUUGGUUGAUUACCUUCAUAGCUUAGAGGAAAACAGUGAUGAGUUAGAUGUACAUCUCGUGCUUAUUUCUUUGGACAAACAGAGUACACCAAGUUUGCAGCAGUCUCACCUUUGCUGUCGGCCAAGUUUAUCUGUUAAACAUCUAUGUGAAUAUGUUGCACACCAGACACUUCUGAAAGCCGAAGAAGUCGAAUUUUUGGUGGUUAAAGGACAAAAAUCCAUCUUCAAAGAUGACAAAACAGCCUCCAUGACAGACUCAACGUCCCUGGUGGUUGAUCCAUGCAGAGAUGACCUUCAAGUUUUGGAAGCAGAAGAAACAUUGGCUGGGGUUAAAGCACAUUGCAGUUCGAGUCCAGAUCAUAUGGUAAGCAUAAUUUGGUCUAAUAAGCUGUACAUGCACAGGUGAAAAUAGGCCCUAAUGUUUUUAAAACUUGAGGAUAUAUUUGCUAGUGAAAUCACAAUAAUAAUUUUUCUUAUGUUGUUUCAGAUACUCGGGUAUCGACGGAAGGGAGGUGUUUAACAAAUCUCAAGGCUUUUCAACAAAUUGGUUCUGCAUAAAAUAUAGUGAAAAAGGUUGUUCAUAAAAAAAUUCAUUACUGACAAGGGAGGUGAUUGAAUAAUAAAUAAUUUUACAAUUGGAAAUUCAAAUUUUAUAUUUUUAUUUUUACAUGUUUGCUUCAGUACAAAUUGGAAUAAUAAAAGGAGGAAUUUAACAAA